UUAAAGGUUAUGUUUUGAAAAAUUAACGAAUGUUUUCAAGUUGAAAAUCACUUAAUUAUUAAAUCGGUUUUUGAUAACUAAAAUGACUUCCAAUUUCAGCGUGCACGUAACGUUCGUCUCGGAGAAAAUCAAUAAAAUUCGUUGGAGGCCUGACUCGUACAAUGAUUGCCAUUUUUUCGUUACCGGUAGCGUCGACAAUACAGAAAACAAUUUAAAACUAUGGGACUUUUGUGAAAACGUAGACGAGGAUGAUAUUUGCCCCUUUUUAGUACAUAAUCUACCUUACUGUGGAGAUGUUACUGAAGUUAAGUUUAUAAAUUCUGAUUUCUUUGUAAGCUCCUCAUCGAGCGGAUCUGUACACCUGACCCGAAUCAUUCCUUUAUACUCGGAGAAUACGAGUAUGAAAAAUGAAAUAGAAUGGAGCAAAAUCCAUCAAUUCAAAAACGGCGAUGUUAGUCCUUGCACGUCAGUAACAGUCUACGAUAGUGAUAUAGUUUCCGUCGGAGAAGAUGGGUCCAUUAAUUUAUUAAACGCCAAAUCAUCAAAAGUCCUCAGAAAAUUGGAGGGCGCUGACAGCUCAUCUAUACAAUGCGUAAUAUUCUUGAAACACAACGAAAUUUUAACAAGUAACUUGCGGGGCCAAAUGAAAAUAUGGGAUUUGAAGCAACAAAACAACAAACCUGUCAGUACUUUUAUGAUGAGCGGUGAUCAUCUCACCCCUACAUGCCUCACUUACCACCCUACUCAAAGACACAUAGUUUUAACAGGUGACGAUUUAGGAGCUCUAACAACCUGGGAUUUGCGUCAGCACAAUUACCCUAUUAACGUUCUCAAUGCCCACGAAGGAGCUAUUUCGGAAAUUCAAUUUAAUUCCGAAUACCCCGAUCAGUUAUUCAGUUGCUCCAGCGCAGGCGAAAUUUGGAAUUGGAAUAUCAAAGGCGACACCACCCCUACGCUAUUAAGCAACAAUAUCGAAAGCAACGUUUGGCUAGCCCCUGAAGUCAAAAAUAAAUUGGAAGUGUUCACGUUGAUGCCAGCAUUGGGAAAACCGAUCAAUUCCUUGGACUUAAACAGGAAUAAAGUAAUUUGUGGAAGCGAUAACGAAGCUAUCUAUUUGAUUAAUAAUAAUAAGUAAUAAU